AGAACUCGUCUUCUAUUAUACCUUUUUAGAUGCGGUUUUUUGUAUUUAUGCGGGAAAUCGAACAUAUUUUUAGACUUUUCUAAAAAUUCUUAACGAUAUUUAAUGUUCCAUCGUAUAUAAAGUUGACACGGGGAGCGCACGAGCAUAAGUUCGCUUUAAUCGAACUCUUCGUCUUAAUGUUCGAUUUUAUGUUCGAAUUUAUAUUUAUGAAUGAUUCGGGAAGAUCCAACUUAUUUUUCGAAUUUAGUAAACCCGAAGAAGAACCCAUAAGGAGUUACGAAAACGUUUGUUAUUUAUCAUUUAGUGAUACAGUAUGUACUACAUACCGGUUAGUGGUUGCUGUGAAUCUUAAUUAUCGUUAUCCCAAUGUGAGUUACCCUUUCGUCGUAUGGAAUAUGGAAAUCGAAGUACCAAAAGUAAUUGGGGGAGCUGAUAUUUGUCUUCUAAAUAUAUUAGCAGAAAAGUUACAUUUCAGUUACGAAGCAGUUUUGCCAUUGGAAUUACAAUAUGGAGUAAUAAAUGAAAAUGGAGCGUGGACUGGAAUGAUUGGAAUGGUAGCGAAUAAUAGAACGGAUAUAGGAGUGCCAAAUGCCUUCAUUACAACUUCCAGAUUGACAGUUGUCGAUUUUGGUUCGCCUUACAUUUAUUAUACUUCAAAUUUUAUUGUUCGUGCUCCAACCAAAUUGUCUAAAGAAACUGCAAUAAUUAGACCAUUCGAUAAAUAUUUAUGGUUAUGGAUAUUCAUCACUUUAACAAUAGUUGGAGUGGUAAUAUAUGGAAUAGUCCAUAUCGAAGAGAAUGAAAUCCAUCAUUACUUAUAUUUCUCGAAAAUUUAUUGGUGGAUGUUUUCUAUAUUUAUAGGACAAGCUUCAGGCAACGAUAAUGCUUUAACAAAGUGUAGAUGUAUCAUAGGGCUUUCCAGACUUUGCUUCGUUGCCUUAUUAUCUGCUUACAGUGGAAUGCUAAUUUCUCAUUUGUCAUUUCCUAUUUUUACUGAUGUACUUAAUAAAUUUGAAGAAUUAGCAAUUAAAGUUGAAAAUGGAGAAUAUGAAUGCGGUUCAAUGAAAGGUUCAGCAAACGAAGCUUUAUUCCUUAAAUCACAGGAAGGUUUAUUAAAAAUUUUAGGGAAUGUAAUGAAUAAGAAUGAAAAUCGAUGCGUAAAUAUGAAACAAGCCCUUGAAAAAGUCUUGAACGAAAAAUAUGCUUUUAUAUUUGUUAGUCAUUUAAUACAGUAUCCUGUUUUGAAAGCGGGCCCAGAAAACUAUCAUAUGUCUGAAGGAAUUUUCUCAUUUCCUUCAAGUAUAUCUUUUAGUAAAGAUUUCCCAUUGAAAAAGGAGUUUCAGAAAUUGUAAAUUUUCAUAUUUUAUA